UCAUCCGCAUCGCCAAGAAGAUGGACAAGAUGGUGCAGAAGAAGAACGCGGCUGGAGCUCUGGAUUUAUUAAAGGAGCUUAAGAAUAUUCCCAUGACUCUUGAGUUGUUACAGGGACCUCUCCCACAAGAGCCUGUUGAGACCUGUGCUCUCCCUCUAUCAGCAGGUGCUAUAGAGGAGGUACUAAGGAGUUUCAGAGGAAAAGUGUUUUACUCAAGUCCACAAGAAUUGGAAUGUCAGUGAAUGCAAUACGCAAGCAAAGUACAGAUGAAGAAGUUACAUCUUUAGCAAAGUCUCUCAUCAAAUCAUGGAAGAAGUUAUUAGAUGGACCUUCAACUGAUAAAGAUUCUGAAGAAAAGAAAAAAGAGCCUGCGUCCUCAUCACAGAAUAGCCCUGAAGCAAGGGAAGAAAGCAGUUCCAGUAGCAACAACAGCAGCAGGAAGGAAGAGACUAAUACUCCCUCAAAUUCCUUCAUCCAUUCUCAUCCUCGGGCUCCAGUCACUACAGAUUCUGUUCGAAUGAAGUGUAGAGAAAUGCUCGCUGCAGCUCUCAAAACGGGAGGUGAUUACAUUGCUAUUGGUGCUGAUGAGGAAGAACUGGGUUCUCAGAUUGAAGAAGCUAUAUUUCAAGAAUUAAACAACACUGACAUGAAAUACAAAAAUAGGGUACGAAGUAGGAUAGCAAAUCUCAAGGAUCCGAAGAAUCCUAAUCUAAGAAAAAAUGUCUUAUGUGGAAAUAUACCUCCAGACAUGUUUGCAAAAAUGACAGCUGAGGAAAUGGCAAGUGAUGAACUUAAAGAGAUGCGUAAAAAUCUGACCAAAGAAGCUAUCCGAGAACACCAGAUGGCUAAGACUGGAGGCACCCAGACUGACUUGUUCACAUGUGGCAAGUGUAAAAAGAAGAAUUGUACUUACACACAGGUUCAAACACGUAGCGCUGAUGAACCGAUGACAACAUUUGUUGUCUGUAAUGAAUGUGGAAACAGAUGGAAGUUCUGUUAGAAGAAGAAACUCAAGACAUCUGGACCAGUAUGAAAGCGGAUUUUGUAAUUAGCUUUAAGAACUAGGCCAAGCAUCUAGCUUCCUGCAAAUAAGACUUUUUGUUUUGUUUUUUUAAGCAGCAUACAUCUUUGGAGUUAGCCUUUGUUUUCGACACCACCAUCACUUUAAAUGCCUUCCUGUAGUUACUAGUCAGUAGGGCCAGGUUGCUCAGUUGUAUGGUGUAUGUUAAAAAUAUUUUUUUUCAUUUUUAUAAGUAAGUUGACAUUAAACUUUUAUUGAUAAACUUCUGAUAACUGGUUUGUGUUUUCUUAACUCUGUGAAUAAUGUACCAUAUAUUUUUUACAAUCUGUACCACACCCAACAGAAAUACCCAACCUUUCUUCCUUUGUUAAAAAUGAAAUUGAAUUUGUUUCUUAUUGGCAUAUUCCUAAUGAUUUUGUGGAGAAAAAGGAAAGCUAACCUUUGUUUCAAUUAUAUUGGACCUAAUGUGAUAUACUUGCAAAUGGUUGGCAAUCUGGUGUGUACAUUAUUUAAAAAAAAAAAAAAAAUUAUAAAAUAGUAGUUGAAGUCUGUUUGUGAAGUUUGGAACUUUAUGGACCUCUUCUGUUUAUUUAUAUAACUUCUGUUGCAAUGGUUGGAUAAGUUUUGCUUAUGUAAUCUGUAUCGAUCAGUUCAAUUUAUUAUACUGCCCUAAAGCUUGUAUAUUACUUAUCAGCACUAGAUUUUCAUUCUAGAGAAAUGAUUUAAAUAGUUUGUUGAAUGUGAUCUGACUGUUUUGGUUUGAUACCUGAAUUCAUUUUAGCCUUUUGUAGGUGAGUAAAUGAUUCUUGUGAUGGGCUGCUAUCAUGACAGUAGGUAAACAAAUUUAUCCAAAGCUAAACUGGCUGGAGAAUUAAUGAGUCUUCAUCAGUUCAGACAUAUUAACUUAAAUUUGGUAUGCAGAAUAAAUAAUGUCAGUAAUCAUCAAACCAGAUGCCAGAAUAAGUAAAUAACGGUCUUUUGCUACUCAGGUUGAUAGAUUGUCUUGUAAAAAUAUAUUUUCUGAAAACACACCUUUUUUAAAACAAUUUUUAAAUGCCAUGGAACAAAACUAGUCUCAGUAUUUUACAAUAUUAUUUCAUUAUGCCGGUCUUUGUAUUAUCUGUUAUGUAUGUAAGCCUGAGGUGUGGAGGAGGUCUGUCCUAGCAGUGGCUGAGGAAUGUGUGGGUAGCAAUUGGAGAAUAAAUUACUUUGGAAUAGGUAAA